AUGAAAUUCUCAUCUUAUUUCACUGCUGGAGUUCUUUUGUUCCCAGCUCUCAUUUCUGCUGCACCCACCAUUGAUGGCGGAAUACAGAAUCGUGAGAAAGCAGCCGCGCCUGCGACGCCCGCCGUCUGGUCGGCGUCUGGCAAGAAGCGCAGUCCUGUUGAGGAGGCGGCGCCUGCCCCCUCAGCAGUCUGGUCGGCAGAGAAGCGAAAUGUUGUUGAGGAGGCAGCUGAACCCCCGACGGCCUACGUCUGGACUGCCCCUAACAAAGAGAAGCGGAACGCUGCUGAAGAAGCAGACGUACCCGUCCCGGCGGCUGGUUGGACUGGCUCUAACAAGUAG